GGGGGCGGGGGCGGGGUCCGGAGGGCCGGGGCCGCACCGCCCCUCACAGCCGCCGCCGCCGCCGCCUUGUCUUCGCCGCGCCUGCUCCGACACCAUGCCACAAAGAGAGUGAUCUCUUCCCCCAGUUUUCACAAUGGAGGACUCCGGAAAGACUUUCAGCUCUGAGGAGGAAGAAGCUAACUAUUGGAAAGAUCUGGCAAUGACCUACAAACAGAGGGCAGAAAAUACGCAAGAGGAACUCCGAGAAUUCCAGGAGGGAAGCCGAGAAUAUGAAGCUGAAUUAGAGACGCAGCUGCAACAAAUUGAAACCAGGAACAGAGACCUCCUGUCCGAAAAUAACCGCCUUCGCAUGGAGCUGGAAACCAUCAAGGAGAAGUUUGAAGUGCAGCACUCUGAAGGCUACCGGCAGAUCUCAGCCUUGGAGGAUGACCUCGCACAGACCAAAGCCAUUAAAGACCAAUUGCAGAAAUACAUCAGAGAGCUGGAGCAAGCUAACGACGACCUGGAAAGAGCCAAGCGCGCCACGAUCAUGUCUCUCGAAGACUUUGAGCAGCGCUUGAAUCAGGCCAUUGAAAGAAAUGCCUUCUUGGAAAGUGAACUUGAUGAAAAAGAGAAUCUCCUGGAAUCUGUUCAGAGACUGAAGGAUGAAGCCAGAGAUUUGCGGCAGGAACUGGCCGUGCAGCAGAAGCAGGAGAAACCCAGGACCCCCAUGCCCAGCUCAUUGGAAGCUGAGAGGACAGACACAGCUGUGCAGGCCACGGGCUCUGUGCCGUCCACGCCCAUCACUCACCGAGGACCCAGCUCGAGUUUAAACACGCCCGGGAGCUUCAGACGUGGCCUGGACGACUCCACUGGGGGGACUCCCCUCACGCCUGCGGCCCGGAUAUCAGCCCUCAACAUCGUGGGAGACCUACUGCGGAAAGUUGGGGCACUAGAGUCCAAACUCGCUUCCUGCCGGAACCUCGUGUAUGAUCAGUCCCCAAACCGAACAGGUGGCCCAACCUCUGGGUGGAGCAGCAAGAACAGAGAUGGUGGUGAGAGACGGCCGAGCAGCAGCAGCGUGCCUUUGGGUGAUAAGGGUUUAUCAUAAGCGGCCGCCUUCUCCUCGUACUGCUGGGUGAGGUUCUCGAUCUCCUUCUGGAAUCUCUUCUUCCCCUCUUCCAGAGCUUCCACGGUGCUGGCAAAGUCCUGCAGCUUCUUCUUCGAGUCGGAGAGCUACAAGGACAGCGUCCAGGGUAGGGUGAGAGGGGGACCAUGAGUGACCCCUGUCCCUGGCUCCACAGACUCUGGGAAGCGAAAACCAUGUCUCCUUGUUGGAGAAACCCAAUAACAGGGGAAGCUGGGGGGUCAAGCACCAUGGCACCAACACUCCACCACGAUCUGCCUGUGGGGGAUCUCAGCGCAGAGAAGUUGAGAGGACCCGUGAUGGAAGCAAGGGCACAGGGCAGGCACCUGGAUGUUGAGAGUGGAGAUGUGACGCUCCAGGUUCUGCUUGGCCUCCAUCUCCUCGUCCAGCUGGUCUUGCAGGCUGUUCCUCUCCUCCUCCAGCUGGCGCAGCUUCGUAGACACGUUGAGCUUCUGCCGGGUUUCUUCUUGAAGCAGCUCCUGCAAAAGGGACGCACGGAGGUCCCAGGGACCCGCCCUGAGGAAGGCCACCCCCCAGGUCCCCUGGAUGAUGUGGCAGGACACUCACCUGGGUGUCCUGGAGCUGGGAACUGAGGGAUGCCACGUCCUUGGCCAGCUUAAUGGCCUUCCCCUCGGCCUCGUUAAGCAUCCCCGUGACGCUCUCGACUUCAUUCUGAGGGUGCCAAGAGACUGUUAGUCAAAGCCUCUAGAAAGGGAUCCUCAUUAAAAGGAGCCCUUUUUACUCAAAACACAUGGUGUACCCUCAUGGGCUAGGACUUGAGGUGUCCACUGAUUGAGAAAAUACCCACAAGGUAUGGGACUCUGAUAAAAAAAAAAAAAAAAAAAAAGUCUGUGGCUCGAAGGGAAUUCCGUCACCUAUGAGUUGGGACCCUGGCCCUCGACUCUGUGGUUCUAAGAACUUAUUUGAGCCCCAAUUAUAUUGACUGGGACCUGAUCCCACUAAAUGGAUCCUAGAUCCCUGCCAAGGUUGGUAGAGACAAAGCAGCAGGUCUGAGAGUCCAGACGAGGUGCUCUGGCUGGUCCACUCUCUAAGGUUGGAGACAGGAGACCAGGAUGGUACUUAAAUGUCCGAGGGAUGCUGUUCCAUCACCUCCUUCUUCACUCCUACUCUUUGUCCCUUCACUGACCCUGAUGGCCAAAGCCAGAGACUCAGACCCUAAAGGUAAAAACACCCUCUGUGUAUUCUCUGGCUUUUACUCCCUAGUGUCUCUGCAUAAGUCCCUUUGAAGGUGUUAGCCUACCCCUCCAUCUCUUCCACUGACAAGGAGGCUAUGAAUGAUCUUGACACUGCUUAUAUGAGGGCAGCAAAACCGCUGCUCUCACCUCCAUGGGGGAAAAAAAACAUCUCACUCAAUGCUUCCCCUGCCCCUUGGUCCCUGGCUGUGAACAUGUUAAAUAUUUAUGAAAACGUUGGCCACAUCCCCACGAGUGGAAAGGCAGGCUAACUGUCUGUUCCAAGUGAAAGGAGACCAAAGACAAACAGACCGUGUCACUCGUCAGCUUAAAACCCCUCAACAGCUUCGCAUCACCCAGAGGGAGGACCAACAUACGUGUAAUAGGUCUGCAAAACCCCACAUCAUCUGGGUACAACCUCCUCCUCCCACCCCACUCUCUGCUGUCUCCCCCUACCCCCAACCCCAACUGGGCACUCCAGCUCUACUGGUCAUUUGUCUCUCUCCUAAUUUUUCUACUUACCACAGGGCCUUUGCACAUGCUGUUCCCUCUGCCUGGUAGACUUAUCCAUGCUCCUUAGGGAAGCUUUUGUGGCCCCUCCUCCCCCAGGUUAGGCCUCCUGGUUAUUUACACUUAGGCAUCAUGUGCCUUCCCUUUGCUGCAUCACUUGACAUUCAUUUAUGUGAUUAUUCAUGUCUUCCUUUCCCCUUACUCGGCUGGAGUCCUACUGGGGCAGGGACAGUGUCUCUUCUUGCUUGCUGCUGUUUCUUAGGAUUAAGCACAGUGCCUGGCAUACAGCAGGUACUCAAUAAAUACUUGUCAAAUUGG